AUGUUCACAAAGGAUGAGAUCAAGAUAGGCUCUAAAUUAUACGUGGAAAAAGAAGGGGAAGAUAGAGUGGCGGAGGUGUUACAAAUUCAUCAAAAAAAGCAAAGAUUGGUAUAUUAUGUACAUUAUAAAGAUUUCAAUAAAAGAUUGGAUGAAUGGAUUGAAGAUGAUAGAAUUAACUAUGAAAAACCACUAACACAGCCAGAAGUCAAAGUUGAAGAAAAUAAAUCAUCAAAAAAGAAGAAAGCCACCAAAACUACAAGUUCUCAACUGGUUAAUCCAAAAUCUAAAUCAGAAACAGCUGCUUCUACUCCACAAGAAGAUAUUAAAAUGAAUGAUGAUGAAAUGGAUUUAGAAAACUUGAAUGUACAAGGUUUGAAAAGACCAGGUGAAGAAGUUAGUAGAGAAGAAGAAAUUAAAAAAUUAAGAGCAGGUGGAUCAAUGACUCAAAAUCAUUCUGAAGUAGCAAGAGUUAGAAAUUUAACAACGAUAGUAUUAGGUGAACAUAUAAUUGAACCAUGGUAUUUUUCACCAUAUCCUAUUGAAAUAACAGAUGAAGAUCAAAUAUAUAUAUGUGAUUUUACCUUAUCAUUUUUUGGAUCUAAAAAGCAAUUUGAAAGAUUUAGAUCAAAAUGUUCAAUGAAACAUCCACCUGGGAAUGAGAUUUAUAGAGAUUCCAAAGUUAGUUUUUGGGAAAUAGAUGGGAGAAAACAAAGGACUUGGUGUAGAAAUCUUUGUUUAUUAUCUAAAUUGUUUUUAGAUCAUAAAACAUUAUAUUAUGAUGUUGAUCCUUUUUUAUUUUAUAUUAUGACUAUCAAAUCAGAUAAGGGACAUCAUAUAGUUGGAUAUUUUUCCAAGGAGAAAGAAAGUGCCGACGGAUAUAAUGUUGCAUGUAUUUUAACAUUACCUUGUUAUCAGAAAAGAGGAUUUGGGAAACUACUAAUUCAAUUUUCAUAUAUGUUAUCGGCAGUUGAAAAGAAGAUUGGAUCACCAGAAAAGCCAUUAUCAGAUUUGGGAUUGUUAUCAUAUAGAGCAUAUUGGACAGAUACAUUAGUUAAAUUAUUGGUUGAAAAAAAUAAUCCCUCCUUGUUCAAAAAAAACAACCCACAAUUAGUUGAGGAAGGAGAAUUUGAAGGAACACCACCACCAAAUUCUAGAACAGCAGCAAUUACUAACGGCAAUUCAAAUGAAAUAACUAUCGAAGAUAUAUCAGCUAUUACUUGUAUGACAACAACUGAUAUACUACAUACAUUAACAACAUUACAAAUGUUAAGAUAUUAUAAAGGACAGCAUAUAAUAGUUUUAACUGAACAAAUGAUGGUUUUAUAUGAUAAAUUAAUUAAAAAGAUAAAAGAAAAUAAAAAACACGAAUUAAACCCAAAACUACUAAAUUGGACACCACCACUGUUUACAGCAAAUCAAUUACGUUUCGGUUGGUAA